AUGAAAAAAUGUGGUUCUCAAAUACAAAUCCGUGAAUUUCCUAAUAUUCAUGGAAAUUUUUAUUCAAAAUUUGAUUUACGUGAUUUUCCAAAUGAUAUACAAGAAAUAAAUAUAUCAACUGGAUCUGUAACUAAAUUUAUUAAAGAAUUUUUAUUUCGAAAUGGUGAUGAUGAAUUAGAUGCAUUAGGACGUGAACGAAAACGAUCGAUUUUAAUUAUUGCAUGUCAUGCAAUAACAUUUAUAGAUAUUGUUGAUUAG